UAGGACAGUAUAUACAGUCUCGCUGACGUUUUGGUUCUGCGUGAUCAACGAGCAGCACGCGCGGGCCUUCACGAUCAGCCCGAAAAUGCUGCCCGGUCUCCUACAACAAGCUCGCAACCAUGGGGUUCUCUUUCGCCUGCCGCGACUCACUGCGGCUGUCCGUGGGUUCGCUAGCGCGCAAAGCGAGAUGACGGUGCGUGACGCGCUGAACUCGGCGCUUGAUGAGGAGCUGGCUCGUGACGACAAGGUCUACAUUCUUGGUGAAGAGGUUGGCGAGUACCAAGGCGCAUACAAGAUUACCAGAGGGCUACUGCAAAAGUAUGGCCCGGAUAGGGUAAAGGACACGCCAAUUACCGAGGCUGGCUUCACGGGUAUCGCCGUCGGCUCUGCUUUCGCGGGACUCAAACCCGUGUGCGAGUUCAUGACUUGGAACUUCGCCAUGCAAGCCAUCGACCAGAUCAUUAACUCAGCCGCAAAGACGCUCUACAUGUCGGCGGGUCAGAUCAGCUGUCCCAUCGUGUUCCGUGGUCCAAACGGCGCUGCGGCGGGCGUGGCCGCACAGCACUCGCAGUGCUUCGCCUCCUGGUACAGCUCAGUCCCGGGCCUUAAGGUCCUGGCGCCGUACGACUCUGAGGACGCUCGUGGGUUGCUGAAGGCGGCCAUUCGGGACCCAGACCCGGUUGUGUUCCUGGAGAAUGAGAUUAUGUAUGGCCAGGCCUUCCCUGUGAACGCACAGAUUCUCGACAAGGACUUCACGUUGCCCAUUGGCAAGGCCAAGGUGAUGCGGGAGGGCAAGCACGUGACGUUGGUGUCCUUCUCCAAGAUGGUGGGCUACUGCCUCAAGGCGGCGGACCACUUGUCCAAGGAAGGGGUGCAUUGCGAGGUGAUCAACCUGCGCUCCAUCAAGCCCCUGGACAAGGACACCUUGGUGGCCUCUUUGAAGAAGACCCACCGCAUGGUGACAGUGGAGGAGGGCUGGCCGCAAUGCGGUGUAGGCUCGGAAAUCGCUGCGCUGAUGCAGGAGCUGGCGUUUGAUGAGCUGGAUGCACCCGUGCUGCGAGUCACAGGUGCCGAGGUGCCCAUGCCGUACGCGGCCAACCUGGAGGCCGCAGCUCUCCCCCAAGUGGAUGAUAUCAUCAAGGCGGUCAAGAGCGUUCUGUGAAAAGUAUUUGGCAUAGGUGGUGUGGUUGAACCUGAUACUUAAGUGGGAGAGCGAGACGUGUUUUUCUUUGGCGGCAACUGGUAGGCGUGGGUGGAGACCUUCAAUAACCUUGGAAACUGGUGGCUGGAUAAAGAGGGUGGGACGACAGACUUGGGCCGCUCGUCUUUGGACGGAACCCACCUUCUACCCAUGAGGGUAUCUGGUCUCAGCUAUCUGGCCCUUCUCGGGGCUUGUCGGUUUGAAGCGGUUUCUAAUUGGAGGCAGCGAGCAGAGUGCGGGGGGGAGGAGGGGAGUACCAGAAGGCGGGUUUCACCUGGGCGAAAGGAGAGGUGGUAGCACGACACAGGGCAUCGCCUUGUACCGUGCAGGCGGGGUUUCAUGUCUCUGGUGGGGCUUACCACUGCUGCGGGUGUGGAAGUUGCACUGCUGCCGUUGCGUGUCCCACUCCGCGCACUGGAUGUGAUCGGCAGUGAUCGUUUGCUUCCAAGGCCAUCAUCAUCCAUCAUGCCGGCCAGAUUGGACGACGGAGGGAUGGAUAGGCGGAUGGGUAGGAAAGCCAUGUCUUCUCGCAUGCUCUCUCCGGGACUCGUUUGGUGCAACGUCUCGUGUAGGGGAAGGGUAGGAGGUGGCGAUUAUCCAUAGGAUGGUGGAGCUUCGGCCUAUGACUUGCGGCUGUCGCUGCUAGCGACAUAGCGGAUAGGCAUGUCGCAGGGCAAGAGGAUGACAGAGGAGGUGGCGAUGCGUGUUUCGUAGUAUCAGCUUGUCCAAGCAGUUUCGAUAGUAGGUCGAAUGCACUGUAAAAUCCCACUCGGGCGGAAAGGUGGUGAGGUGGUGGCCGGUCGGCUGCUGAAGUUUGUGCGCUACGCUGCACUGCAACGGCUGGGCGUUGUGUUUGGCAGUACUGUGCAUCGCAACGAGUGCUGAAGAGCAUAGGCGGGGAAGGUGUAUCGGGCAUGUACCUGUGUUCUGUGCAGUCCGCAUUGCGCAGUGAUGGCGACGGUGGCGCUGGCUUGGAGGAGCUGGAGAAGGACACCUCGAAUGGCUUCAUAUGUAUUAUGUUUUUUAGCAAGCGUGGUGGGCCUGACUUAUUUAACGGGCAGCGCUUGUGCCCUUCCCGUACGCGUUUCAUAGGACAACAUACAUCCAUAUACAAGGGUUUGGCACCACUGGUAAGGCGCGAUCAUUG